AUGGACCGGUCCUGCGACGACUUACGAGAAUCCCAGAAUCCAAGAGCAGCAGCAGGGCAUCUAGUAGAUGAAAUACAAGGAUACGCCCCAACAGUGGAGUCCAUCGUCAAUGCGGUAGUUUUCGGUUCCGAGCGAAACAAGACGUACGAAGAGUUGGCCACGUUCGUGGACACCUUUGGCGCGAGGUUCACUGGCAGCGACACGCUUGAGAGAAGCAUAGACUACAUGGUUGAGCUGCUGAGAAGCCGGAACCUUGAACAAGUGCACACGGAGCCAGUGGAAGUGCCACGCUGGAUUCGAGGAACAGAGAAGGCCUGGAUGACGGCGCCUCGACGAAAGAGGCUCGCCAUUUUGGGACUAGGGUUCAGUGCAAAGACAGCCUGUAGAGGUCUUACUGCGGAAGCCCUGGUCGUCGACUCAUUUCAAGAGUUGCAGGAGAAUCGCGAUAAGGCCAGGGGAAGGAUCGUCGUCUUCAACCAGAAGUUCGUCUCCUACUCCCGGUCGAAGGAGUACAGGUUGCGAGGCCCUGCUGUGGCAGCAAAUCUAGGCGCUGUCGCAGUCCUGGUGCGGUCCUUGACUCCAUUUUCAAUAGGGUCUCCUCACACCGGGUACACCGUGUUCUUUCCGAAUGAAACCAGCAUACCCGCCGCGUCCGUCACCGUGGAAGACGCCGAGUUGCUAAAGCGGCUGCAGAACAGAGGCGUUACAGUCUCCGUCAAGUUGGUCAUGCGCAACAAGAAUCUCUCUUCCGGAAUCUCUCGAAACACCGUAGCGGAAAUUCGCGGAAGAGAGAAACCUGGAGAGGUUGUCAUAAUCAGUGGCCACCUGGACUCGUGGGACGUCGGCCAGGGUGCUAUGGAUGACGGUGGAGGCGCAUUCAUAUCUUGGCGAGCCCUGGAUGUUCUGCAUCAACUUGGACUACGAUCACGACGCACUAUCCGCUCUGUACUGUGGACUGCAGAGGAGAUGGGAAUGGUUGGAGGCAAGCAAUAUUACAGGGCGCAUAUGGACGAGAAGGUUGAACGCAUAAACAUCGCAAUGGAGUCUGAUACAGGUACAUUCAAACCAAAGGGCCUCGCGUUUAGUGGACACAGCGAGCGGGCAAGAUGUAUCAUUGCAGAAGUGCUUCGGCUAUUCAGCAGUAUCGAAGCUACGUUACUGAAGACGGGAGCGGCGGCACCUGACCUUGUUUCCUGGUACCUCGUGGGUGUACCUGUGGCUUCAUUGUCCACAGAUAACACCCAAUAUUUUUACUUUCAUCACUCGGAGGGGGACACUAUGACCAUCCAGGACCCGAAGAAUCUGGAUCUCUGUACUGCACUGUGGGCAGGUGUCGCAUAUGUCCUUGCUGACCUAAGCGAAAGUCUGCCUAGAAAAUAA